AUGAAGGACUUGUUUUUACCCUACCUUGUGAUGGUGCUCCUUUUCUUCUUGCUGUGGAUCACCCUGUUUAUUCUGCCCACAGGAAGUGCCACUUUGCCCGUAGUCGCUUUCCCAUUUGAAGAUUUUUACGUAGACUCUAAUCACAUCGCUCACACACUGGGCAGGAGGGAACAAACCCUCAUCUUCUACCUUGGAUUAGUAAUUGCUGCUCUGGGAAGCGGAGGUAUUCGUGCCAUUGUGUGCCCGCUGGCAGCAUACAGCCUGCAGGAUAGGCAACAAAAGGAUCUGAUGUCAUUUUUCAACUGGUUUAACUGGCUGGUUAACCUUAACUCUUUAGUUGUGUUUGUGGGAAUCUCGUACAUCCAGCAGUCAGUUGCUAAAAACCUGGGCUUUCUUAUUCCUUUUAUGUCGGUCGUGAUGAGUUUAAUAACCAUCCACAUGGUGAGAAAUGACCUCAUAUUCCAGCCCCGGAAAGAUGUCUCACUCCGAGUCAUAUUUGGUGUCUUGCUGAAUGCGUUGAGAAUGUGCUGUAUUAACAACCGUCACCUUGGCGGGCGAGUCACCACCUGGUUAGAUCGCGCUAAAGAAAAUAAUGGUGGCUGGUUCAGUGAGUUACAUGUGGAGAAUACAAAGGCCGUCAGCAGACUCUUCCCCUUCUUUGCUUUCCAAAUCGUUUAUAGGAUUGGAACAACUCAGACAUCAUCAGGAUACUUCAUUCAAUCAAUGAACUCGAAUCUGAGUCUGAGCGGGAUUCUCUUGCCCAUUGCGGCCAUGCAAGUCAUCAGUAUCCUCCCUCUGCUCAUUGCUGCUCCCUGCUGGGCCUACGUCAGCACCUACCUCUGCAAAGGAAGUCACACAGUCUCUCCACCUACAGCAAUAGUCAGUGGCCAUAUCUGUGCUGUCCUGUCCUUGCUGGUUGCUGGCAUCUAUGAGAGCUACAGGAAGUCCUUCCCACUGGUGGAGCAGACUCUUGCAGGGAAAGUGCUUCCAGUGUCUGUAAUGCCUUGUUUCCAACUUGCCCCACAGUAUGCUCUGCUCGGACUGGCGGAGGCAGUAGUCACACCAUUCUGUUCAUUUAUGAUCUUCAGACUCACUCCAAGUCGAAUAAGAAGCACCUCCACGCAUAUCUUGACUCUAUUUAACGCGGUCGCUUGCUUUCUCGGGGCCUUGUUGGUUGAAAUUGUGUUUUUAUUAUCACAAGGUAACUGGUACCCAGAAUUCUUAGCAGAAGGUCAUCUAGAACGAUUUUUUUUCUUUCUCUCGUCGGUUUUGCUCAUUAAUACCAUCGGCUUCUGCAGAGCACUGAAAAGGACACGACAUAUAUAUACAAACAAACGGCUAGAUUUAGAGUUUUGUGGGUACAACAUGGGGGAUAUGGAAAAAGACCCCCUCUUUAAAGGCAGUGUCCUGGAGGAGAAGUUACUACAACAUGAGAAGUCCCUGAUGUUUUAUGAAAGUACUAUAUGCUGUUCACCUCCUCGUUCUCCUAUGGAGACAGCUGUGUAAGGACUAGAUCACGAGUGGAGCGCUGUUACACGCCAGCGAUAAUAUGUAAUAUUUUAUAUGUGCGCUACCCCAAAUGUGUUAAACUGAGAAACCUGAUUCGCAAUUAAAAAAUAAAAUUUAUGCUUACCUGAUAAA